UUUUCUUUUUUUUGCUGAGUUCAUUUCCCAGAACACUCUAUAUGCAUUCAUAUUGUCAUAUGUUUAAAUCUUGUGAUGUGAAAUUGGGCUUGAACAACAAAGUGUUUGCUUUCCUAUAUCUUUUAAUAUUGUACAGUGCAUGACGAUAUGACCGAUCAUUUAUCUCUAAAUCUCAGUCAUAUAGGGACAUAUUAACCUUCUCGAGGGAGACGUCGCUCUGACAAUAAAGCCAUUAUGGUCCAGAUUAGAGUGAUCAUAAUCAUUUCCACUUUUUAUUUGUGGUCCGGCUGGUUUUAGAGAACGUAACAUGCCAAUCAGAUUAUGUGAUAUUGUAGGUUUUGCACAGGGGAGGGCCCUGUUGCUCAAGGUGACUCGAUUAGCUUUGCAUUAUGAAAGAUAUCACUGCAAUGAAGCCAUUAUACUGGAGCAGUCAGGAGACAAAGAGACAAGGAGACAAGCUGCUUUCCUGAAAGGGAUGUAAUUUGAUUCUCAAUUGGGGCAGUAAAGCACUUACCUACCUGUCGAAAAUGCCUUUUCCUCUGCCUUUAGAGAUAGCAGGCAGUAUAAACAUGUUUAGCUGAGAGAGACUCUGGGAACAGGGUGGAGUUUGAAGGGGAGGUGGACUAGAUGAAACAGCCCAGAAGGAUGGAGAAUGCCACUAUAUAAAUAGAGCACAAGUUACAGGACAUUUCACAGACCAGCUUCCAGUCUUGAAGUUCGUGAAGAAGCAGAGAACAAGAAGGGAAGAAGGACGAACGUGCAGGAGCCAUUAUGAGAGCAAGUUAUCGACUUCCUCUGGUGCCCUUGUUGCUGCUGUGGGCUGUUUGCAGCGUGGUGCAGGUGCAGGCAGAGGUCAAUUCGGUCAAGCUCUGUGGCCGCGAGUUCAUCCGGGCCGUGGUCUACACCUGCGGAGGCUCCAGGUGGAGAAGACUGCUUACACCAGAAAACGAUGUGUUUUCUCUUGCAGAGCAGAGCAAUGCUGAGGAGCUGAGUGAGAGCACAGGGUCCGACCUGUCAACACGAGACCUGAACCCCAUGAUGACCAACAUGUGCUGUCAGGUGGGCUGCCGAAAGAGUGACCUGUCUCUUCUGUGCUGAGGACCAGACGCACUCUCGUAAUAAGUUCACAAGUUCUACAGUGUGUGUGUGUGUGUGUGUGUGUGAGAGAGAGAGAGAGAGAGAGAGAGAGAGAGAGAGAGAGAGAUCGAUCGAUCUUCCGGGCAUUAUUUAAGAUGUUUUUCUGUUCAUGGUACCAGACAUAAUUGGUGAAACAGUAGGACAUAAAAAAACAAGCAUUAUGUGUCCUGAUUUGUUCAAAUGCUGUGCGUUCAAUACGAUAGGAGUGCUUGGUUUGUAGAAAAAAUAUAACACGACAGGUUUUGUGUUCAAUCCAGUGGCAAGUGUCUACAAGAGUGUUGAAGAACCAUAAAGUUUGAUUGUAAUGUAUAUGUUGAAUUUCUUUGUCUAAUAAAUGUUACCGCAUAAUUA